AUGGAAAACGACAAGGCCCGGUCUCAAGAUCCUGACUGGGAAAAGCUUCGACCAAGACCUUUCACCAAACGCAUCAAGAAAUCCAGGCAGGACAGGGAUGUGCAUCUCCACUACUUCCAAUCGGCAAUAAGGUGCAAGGGACUCAAUGACGAAGGGCAAUACCUGCUGUUCCCGUCCGCGCUCACUAGGGCAGCAUUGAAUUGGUUCUAUCGUCUGGAGCCGGGAACAGUAGACUCCUUCGAAGAAUUGAAACAUAUUUUCCUUAACCAUUUUAUGAUACAGACGGACCGUUUGUACUCUGUCGACGAUUUGUAUACGAUUUGGCAAAGGGAGGACGAACCCUUACAGGAAUACGCCGCACGUUUCAGUCAUGAAUACUCAAGGUGUCCGAAAACGGAUGACAGGACAGCCUACGACACCUUCAAGAGUGACCUUCGGUCCUCACACUUUCGGUACCUAGUGCACAGUAGGAACUGGCGCACCUACGACAAACUGAUAAAGCAAGCGACAAUCCACGCUAAAGCUGAAUAUUUCAACUCAAAGUCUGAGCCUUCGGCUCGGCAGGAGGAACCCGCAUUGAAGACUUAUCCUGGGCAGGAAUCUCCGUACGCCUCUAGAAGAACUGCCGAACCUUCGGCAGGGCACAAACAGAAAGAUGAUCGUGAUAAUCAACAGGGACACUCAAAGAAAGGAAAGGGAAAAUACGAUCGAAAUGACCACGAGGCACCCCUACCGAAUUUCGACUGCGGUCAAGAAGUCUUCACUUUGCUGAACACCACUUACGAGGCUGUUUUGAUGAACGAGCAUGAAAUAAUACUGAAGCCGAAUCACCAAAAGCCCAAUCGGCAGGACAAUUGA